AUGAAUUUUGAUUUACAAAUGCAUCCACUCCCUAAUGAAAUAUUAAUAGUUAUCUUUUCAAAGUUAGAUUGGAAAACAAUACAAAGUUUAAGAAAAACAUGCAAAACAUUUUAUACCAUUAUUGAAGGAAAUCUUAAAUAUAUAGAAAAACCAAAGAUAAAUGAUUUAUACAUAUAUGAAUUUAUUGAUAGUAAUGAUAUGAAAAAGAUGCACGCAAACUUUAGUUUUAUAAAACAAGAUUUUCUUAAUGGCAAUGAAGAAAAAAAAAUUGGAAGAUGUAAUUUGACUGAUACAUCAAUGAAUAAUUUAGAAUAUUUUAUUAAAAGAUUAAAUUUAAAGACAUUUGGUAAUAUUACAAUAACUGUUCAAAGUGAUACAAAAUUUUUUGAAAUUUUUAAUAUUUAUUCAAAUUCUGAAGUUUCUAUAAAACAUUUAUGUAUGAGUGUAAAUAAUCUUGAGGAUAGUUUAAAUUUUAUUGAAUUUAUGAAAAAAUUAAAAAAUGUUGAAGUCAUAGAAUUGAUAAAUGUUUGUCUUGCAAAAGAUUGUAUCCCACUUGAUUUUAACUUGCCAACAGUAAAUAAUUUAUUAUAUUUUAGUGUUAAAGAAUGUAAAUGUACAUCUUUUGUUAACAAAAAUAUGAUUAAAAAAUUACUUUACGGUAAUCCAAAUAUGUACAAGAUAUCCCUUGAUUCAACAAGACCAAAUUGUGAUGUUGAAAUAAUAGAUGCUAUCAAAGAAAAACAAUAUCUUAAUCAAGAUAAUGAAUAUCUUGAAGAAAAAUUUUACAAAUAUUUUGAUUCAAGUUCUUAUAAAUUACAUAAAAUUGGAAUACUACCAGAAAGAGUAGUUUAUAUUGAUGCUAUUCUUCCAUCUCAUGAUUAUAACAUUGCUCAACAAAUAAGUAUCACAUUUGAACAUCGUAUUUUUUCAAAAAAUCAAGAAUGUAAAUCAUUAAAAAAUUCUUCCUUAACGUAA